AUGAAGUUCACCUCCAUUGCCAUUGCUGGCCUUGCCGGCUACGCCACAGCCAUGCCAGCUUUUAACUUCUUCCCUGGUCCUCCUCCCCCUCCUGCUUCCAGCUCGCUGCCUCCUCCCCCUCCUCCUAGCGAGACUCCUUCUGUGGUAGCCAGACAAUUCCCUCCUGGCCCGCCUCCUCCCAGCGGCACCCCCAGCGGUCCUCCUCUACCACCUCCGAGUGAGACGCCCUCCGCUGUUCCUUACGAGAAGCGCCAGUUCGAGGGAGUUCCUCCUCCGCCUCCCAGUGGCACCCCCAGCGGUACUCCGCCUCCCCCUAGCGGCACCCCUAGUGGUCCUCCUCCCCCUCCGAGCGCAUCUCCGACCUUCGCUCCCCUCGAGAACCGCCAGUUCGAGGGCGUGUCUCCCCCGCCUCCUUCCGGCACUCCCAGUGGAUCCCCUCCUCCCCCUCCUAGCGCUACUCCCAGCGAUGCCGUGUUUGAGAAGCGCCAGUUCGAAGGAGUCCCCCCUCCGCCUCCCAGUGGUACCCCUAGCGGACCUCCUCCCCCUCCUCCCAGCGGCACUCCCAGCGGACCCCCUCCUCCCCCGUCCGCCUCUGCUACGCCUUUUUUUUAG